UUAUUAUGUUAUAUGUUGUGCGUAUAGUGAAAUUCUUCGCUACUGUGUGCAAGUCCAGUGUUUUGAUUUGAUGCUCGUUCACAUCCAAUACAUCAGGAUUGUACCCACACCCUAAGUGGAGUCGCGUGGUUGUCGAGGCCGAGCUACACGGGCUUUCUUGUGCUCCUUCCAGGCUCCUUCGCACUGCCAGCCAGGCCGGGCGGCGCAGCUGUGAACUAUGGCGGCGAAGCAGCAGUACUCUCUUUUGCACGACAGCGCCAUGGGCUCCAUGUUCCGGAGCGAGGAGAUGGCACUGUGCCAACUCUUCAUCCAGCCCGAGGCGGCCUACCCUUCAGUGGCGGAGCUGGGGGAAUCGGGCAUUGUGCAGUUCCGUGACUCCAACUACCUGGAGCUGACGGAGCUGCGGCACGUGCUGGAGCGCGCCGAGGACUUCUUCAGCGAGCAGGAGGGCGGCGGCGGCGCGGAGCUGACACGCGCGCUCGCCUCGGACGAGUCGGCGGCGGCGGGCGGCGUGCGCGGCCGCCUGGGCUUCGUGGCCGGCGUGGUGCCGCGCGAGCGCGUGCCGGCCUUCGAGCGCAUGCUCUGGCGCAUCUCGCGCGGCAACGUCUUCCUGCGCCGCGCCGAGCUCGACCAGCCGCUCGAGGACCCCACCACGGGAAAUGAAAUAUUUAAGACCGUCUUUGUAGCUUUCUUCCAAGGAGAACAGCUCAAAUCACGCGUAAAGAAAGUAUGCAGUGGCUUCCAUGCUUCAUUAUAUGCCUGUCCCACCUCGCAGAGUGAACGACAGGAUAUGUUGAAAGGUGUUCGUACUCGUCUGGAAGAUCUCAACUUGGUUUUGAAUCAAACUCAAGACCAUCGUCAUCGUGUUCUUCUGAGUGUAUCAAAGGAACUACACCCAUGGAUGGUGAUGGUGCGUAAAAUGAAAGCUAUUUACCACACACUCAACAUGUUCAACAUGGAUGUAACCAAGAAGUGUCUAAUUGGUGAAUGCUGGGCUCCUGUCAGAGACUUGCACCUUGUACGACAAGCUCUGGAAGAUGGCGGUAGAGCAUGUGGCAGUUCAAUUCCUUCUUUUCUUAAUGUUAUUGACACGGGAGAGCUUCCUCCAACUUUUCAUCGUACGAAUAAGUUCACUUAUGGAUUUCAGAAUCUUAUUGACUCCUAUGGAGUUGCUAGUUACCGCGAAGUUAAUCCAGCCUUAUACUCUAUAAUUACUUUCCCUUUCCUUUUUGCAACUAUGUUUGGUGAUGCUGGUCAUGGUUUGAUUCUUUUCCUUUUUGGAUUGGCAAUGAUUUUAAAGGAGAAGAGCAUCAUUGCAUCUAAAUCAAAGAGUGAAAUUGGUAAUAUCUUCUUUGGGGGACGUUACAUAAUUCUGCUAAUGGGUAUAUUCUCAAUAUACACUGGACUAAUUUACAAUGAUAUUUUCUCUAAAUCUAUCAACAUUUUUGGUUCUCGAUGGGUUAUUAAUAAUUUCACUAUCGCUGAUCUAAAAACCUACCAUGAGCUGAUGGUUGAUCCAAAAAAAUCAUAUGAAGGAACUCCAUAUCCCUUUGGAAUGGAUCCAAUAUGGCAGUUGGCAGAAGUUAAUAAAAUAGUGUUUCUGAAUUCAUACAAAAUGAAAUUGUCCAUUAUCUUUGGAGUGGCACAUAUGAUAUUUGGAGUGUGCAUGAGUGUUGUAAAUCAUGUGCAUUUUGGAAGACCUGUCAUGAUUCUUUUGGAGUUUGUUCCUCAGAUUGUGUUUCUGUUGCUCCUUUUUGGAUACCUUGUUACGCUGAUGUUUGUCAAGUGGUUUACAUAUGCUGCUACCAACGAGGAAUUUCAGUACACAGAGGCUUGUGCUCCUUCUGUGCUAAUUACCUUUAUUAACAUGAUGCUCUUUGGAAAAGAUGAAGUAUUGGAGAACUGUGUGUCUGCAGAGAUGUUUCCUUACCAGUCACAAAUUCAAUUAGUGUGUGUUGUAGUAGCUUUGCUCUGCAUUCCUGUACUUCUCUUAGGAAAGCCUCUGUAUGUUCUCUUUUUUGGACAUCCACAUGCUACACAUCACAAGAGUAAUGGAGAUAUCAACCAGGGUUUGGAAUUGCAACCAGAAAUGGUUGAAGUGACAACACCUUCAGCAGGACCUCCUCAAGCCCAUGAGGAAGAAGAAGCAUUUGGUGAAGUAAUGAUUCACCAAGCAAUUCAUACCAUUGAAUAUGUGCUUAGCACCAUUUCUCACACAGCUUCCUAUUUGCGUUUGUGGGCUUUAUCACUGGCUCAUGGCCAAUUAUCAGAGGUGUUGUGGAAUAUGGUACUCAGGAUGAGCUUCAAAACUCAUGUGGGAUAUUUAGGUGGCAUUUUUGUAUUUGUAAUCUUUGCCUUUUGGGCAUGCCUCACUCUCGCUAUUUUGGUAAUGAUGGAGGGAUUGUCAGCAUUCUUACAUACAUUACGACUCCAUUGGGUUGAAUUUAUGAGCAAGUUCUAUGCUGGGGAGGGCUACGCCUUCCAGCCUUUUGCAUUCAAGAGCAUUCUUGAAGCAGAGGAUGAAGAGGAUUAAAGCCCAAGAACUAUACUGUAGACUGUUUUUCUGGCAGGUAGAAGUGAAAAUAUUCCAUCCAGUUCUCUGUGCCUUAAGUAAAAUAUGUUUUUGAACAUUUUGUUGAUUGGUGUCUAGUUACACUGAAUCACUUUUAUUUUGUAGUAUCUUCCUUGAAAGUGAACUCAACACAAAGUAGUGAUCAUUCUGUAUAGUAGUUUGUAAAGGCUAACAAUCAUUGUAGUUAAUUUUAAAAUAUGAAUUGGCAUUGUGCCAUUUAAAUAUUUGGUUCUUAAAUUUGGUGGAAUUUCAUCAGCUGAUGUUAUUAUGUGGGCCAGUGCCAUUCAUUAUUUUAGGAAAUAAUUUUGUGAAUUGUGUACAAAAAUUAGUUUUACUUUUGUAGAUAGGAUUAUCAUGUUUUAAUACAUGAAUGUACAUAUUAAUUCUUGCAGAAUAGCACAGAGUGCUAGUGUUGGAGGGAAUGGAAUGUAUAUUGAUUUUGAAAGGUUUGUAAUUUGUAGAUAUUCUGUCAAUAUUAAAAUAUUGUAUAUUUUCCAAAAUCAUGAUCAUUUUUUCUUCUCUAACAUUUUUAAUAUUGCGUACUUUUUGUUCUCUCUCCUGAAGAAAAAUAUGGAAUAUGUAUAUUUAACACUACUUUGCAUAUAGUAGGAAUAUAAAUUGAAGACAUGUAUGACAUAUUUUGUAUAAAAAUUAUUUAAUGAAGACUUAUUUCCAAAAAUUAAAAUAUAAGUACCAUCUCAGGAUUUAAGGUCUCUAAAAUAUCAAUUAACUAAGAACUUCAAUAAGAAAUAAAUAUGGUUCUUCUUGAGGAGGGGAAGAUUAAGCUACAUUUGUUGUUUAGAAGCAAAAUAAGGUCAUCUCAGCAUUCUUGCUGAGAAUUGCUGGCAAAGUGGAGGAUAUCUACAAUUGAGAUGGAGACCUUAUUUUACAGAAUAAUGUUUUAUAAAUUACAUUAGAAGAAACACAUGUAGGCCUAAAUUAUUUUUGAGAACAAAUUAC